AUGGACCCGGAAUUCAGAGUUCGAAAACGCAUUCCUAAGGCUUGUCGACGCUGCCAUAGGCGAAAACAAAAAUGCGAUCAGAAAGUCCCCACAUGCUCAAACUGCGAGUCCGCCAACCAGCCCUGUUCCCGCGCAGAGAGUGCUCCCUCGUGGCACCAUGGCAUGUCCAAGGGAGCAUUGGCUCACCGGAUUGAAAUCCUUGAGGCUCGCUUAGCUGCAUCUGUAGCGGGAGAUGUUCCUUGCGUCACUGAACGCUCCGAGCAGCCGUCGGUCGCUCUAUCCCCCACCGCGCACAAGUCAACACGCACACGCGGCCACUUUGAUGGGCUCUUGCGCUUUCUAACACUUGGUACGGAGGGAAGUGGCGAGCCCGCAUAUCUAGGCCCAUCUUCGGGGCUGUCGAUUGCUGAUGCUGUCGGCACGAAGUCACUACCUGUCAACUCCAAUCAACAGCUGGAAGUUACAUCUCAAAAUGACCCGCAUGAAAAACCUCUGGCAUCCCCUCCCAGUGAUGCAAAUGGCUCUAGGAUCAUCGAUGCAUAUUUUACCCAUAUGCAUACACGCCUUCCUUUCCUCGACCGUGCGAAAAUAAUGAAACUCCAUGCGAAUAGAUUCCACCCAGUCAAUGCGACACCGCAAGAUGAGUUCGAAAGAUUCAAGCUUUUUAUGGUGUACGCAAUUGGAGCUACGAUUCUGCAAAUGACGGGCGCUUAUGAUGCAACACCACCGAAUGAAUUUCUGAUGGCAGCUUUGAAUUUCGAUCGCACUCUGCGCGAGUCUCUCUCGGUGGCGUCUAUAGAAGCCAUGAUGCUUCUCGUUGUUUACAACCUGCGAUCAUCGUCACACUCCAGUGUGUGGUAUAUGAUUGGGCUUGCAAUGAGGACCUGUAUUGAUUUUGGGUUUCACAGAGAAGCUCGCUAUCGAAAAUUGCGACCAUUGGAAGCUGAGGCACAAAGACGUCUCUUCUGGUCUGUCUACAUCAUCGAGAGGUACUCGGCAUGGUCGCUUGGCCGACCAUUCAGUAUCUCUGAAGAGGAAAUAGAUGUGCAACCUCCACUUGACCUCGAUGAUUCCGCAACAGACGAUAAUGCUAUCAGCCGAUACCUGCAGCCCAACCCAGGUACGGAAAUGGCACAACCUAAAGGGACAAUGAGUAGAUUUAUUGCUUCUGUGAGACUGCAGAGAAUUGUUUCACAGAUCCACACUCGGAUAUAUCGCGUGGAUAAAAAGGCAUCAACCCUGUUCUCGGAAAUCGCUCCCUUGAUGGCCGCCCUGAACAAUUUCAGGGAGACAUUGCCGUCACUGGACCUCGACGAUCGGGACUUCGUACAUAUGCAUUGGCAUAAUUCUGUUCGCAUGUUAAUACAGCCAUUCUUGAGUAUCCUCGAAUCGCAGGAUGAACUCAUUAGCACAUGUAUCGCCUCUUCUGGUAGUAUGUGUCAACUUUUCAAACGGCUGCGGCAAAGAGACUUUACCGGAUAUUCUUUUCUGUUGGCAAACUCCGUCUUUAUGGCCGGUCUGACAAUGUGGUAUGAAACUUAUAUCAAUCCAAAAUUGGGAUGUUCUCUAAUAUCAAUUAGCUUCUGUCUUUUCCGUUCACCCGCCCUCUGGACACCAACAGUGUCAAACGACCUUCGCGCGUGUUCCUCAUCGCUAUUUGUGAUGGCAGAAUGUAAUCCUAGGUUGAAGAAGCAUCGUGAUGGGCUCGAAUCUGUCAUAAAUAAAGCGAUGGAUCAUAUUCAAGAAUCAGCUAAAAUUUCACAAUCAAGAUCGACUGUGAUAAAUCGGGAGGAACUUGAUGCAUGCCAAGUUGGUCAAGUAACACCUGAAGAUUAUGCGGCCCGAGUCGACUUCAACGUCGGCGGGUUUGAUACCUAUAUGGCCGACGUGCUAUCGAAUAUUCAGAGCUUUCCUUUGGACUUUCAAGCCGAGGAGACUGAGGGCGAUGGAACACAGUCCAUCUUCCCUGGUGCUUUCACAGAAGAAUUCUGGGCAACUGACUCGUUUAAUCAACCGAUGCUGAAUGCAUUCGGUUGGAAGAUGUGA